ACUCCCCACAUCUCGGAAGCAGGGCCAGAUGUCCCUGUGGCUGCGGCCGAGCCAGGCGGUCUGCCCUGCAGCAGCUGCACGGGGGCGGGAACCGGCCCUCAGCCCCAUCCCCGGUGGCUGCAAAGGGCCCCUGGCUAGAGGUCUCUAGCUCUGGCAGAGGAGGAGCCGGGAGGGGGCAGGGUCUGGCGGGCUCUCAGGCCAGGGGCACCCGCGAUCCAGAGGCCGCCCAGGCCAUGCUCCACCACCUGGGCGCCCAGCUACAGGCGCCGGGCAACUCCCAAGCUGGCUGGCGCGCCCAGCCUCGCAGAACCGGGGCUAGAUGUCGCCGUGGCUGCGGCCAAGCCAGGCGAUCUGCCCGGCGGCGGCUGCACCGGGGCAGGAACCGACCCUCAGCCCCAUCCCCGCGGACGGCCCCUGGGGCGGCCCCGAUUUCUCUUCGGAGAGGAGGGGCGGGAGUCACGGCCAGGCGGGAAGGGAUGCGCGCCUGCCAUUUCGGAACGUACCGCGCCAGCCCAGGAGAACCCGCAAGCCCCCGGUGCCUGAGCCCGAGCUGCAGUCACCCUCUGCGGGCCAUGCGAGCUCGAGGGCGCCUUCCGGAGUCCGGGCUGGCGCUGAGCUGUAGGCGCGCGCCUAACCGCUUUACUGGGCUCACUCGGUCUGAGAGGUCGGAGGCUGCGAGUGUCGCUGCUGAAGGCUGUGGUGGACCGGGCUGGAUCGCGGAUUCUGAGCUACAUCGCGGGUUUGGGGGUGGAUCGCGGGUUUGGGGGUGCAUCUUGGAUUUAGGGGUGGAUCGCUGGGUGGGGAGGGGGAUCUCAAAUUUGGAGCUGGGUGGGGGUGGAAAGGCCACGAGGAGCCGCGGCGUCUCAGGAGCGGGUGGUGGGCGUCUGAGAAGUCGCCACCAUGAGGAAGCUCCUCAGUUUUGGGAGACGCCUGGGCCAGGCGCGCCUGAGCUCCAUGGACCAAGAGUAUGCGGGUCGGGGGUACCACAUUCGGGACUGGGAACUGCGGAGGAUCCACAGGGCGGCCAUCAAGGGCGACGCCGCAGAGGUGGAGCACUGCCUGACGCGCAGGUUCCGGGACUUGGACGCCCGCGACAGAAAAGACAGGACUGCUCUACAUUUGGCCUGUGCCCAUGGCCGUGUGGAAGUGGUCACUCUCUUGCUGGACAGAAGAUGCCAGAUCAACAUCUGUGACAGACUAAACAGGACACCUUUAAUGAAGGCUGUACACGGCCAGGAAGAGGCUUGUGCCAUUAUUCUCCUGAAACGUGGUGCCAAUCCAAACAUUAAGGAUAUCUACGGCAACACUGCUCUCCAUUAUGCCGUGUAUAAUGAGGGGACUUCACUGGCAGAAAAACUGCUUUCCCACCAUGCAAAUAUUGAAGCACUAAACAAGGAGGGAAACACUCCACUUUUGUUUGCUAUAAAUUCCAGGAGACAGCAUAUGGUGGAAUUUUUAUUGAAGAACCAGGCAAAUAUACAUGCCGUUGACAAUUUCAAAAGAACAGCCCUCAUGCUUGCAGUACAGCAUAACUUGUCAAGUAUCGUCACCCUCCUGCUUCAACAAAAUAUACAUAUCUCUUCUCAAGACAUGUUUGGCCAAACUGCCGAGGAUUAUGCUUUUUGUUCUGAUUUGAGAAGCAUCCGACAACAAAUUUUGGAACAUAAAAAUAAGAUGCUUAAAAAUCAUCUUCGAAAUGACAAUCAAGAAGCAGCAGCCAUGAAGAAUGAAAGUUUUAAAACACAAGGAGCAAGUUCAAAAGUCUCGCUCUAUCACCAGUCUGGAGUCCAGUGGCAUGAUCUCAGAUUACUGCAGCCUUCACCUCCCAGGUUCAAGCAAUUCUCCUGCCUCAGCCUCCCGAGGAGCUGGGACAACAGGCACAUGCGACCAUGCCCAGAAACAGCAGCUAUGAAGCCUGAAAAUUUGAAAAAAAGAAAAGAAGGUGCAAAAGAACACAACUUAAAAGUGGCUUCAGAGGAAAAGCAAGAAAGGCUUGAAAGAAGUGAAAAUAAACAGCCACAGGAUUCUCAAAGUUAUGGAAAAAAGAAGGAUGCGAUGUAUGGAAAUUUUAUGUUGAAGAGAGACAUUGCCAUGCUCAAAGAGGAAUUAUAUGCAAUGAAAAAUGACAGUCUCAGAAAGGAAAAGAAAUAUAUUCAGGAAAUUAAAAGCAUUACAGAAAUAAAUGCUAACUUUGAAAAGAGUGUAAGACUCAAUGAAGAAAUGAUAACAAAAAAAGUGGCCCGGUAUUCGCAACAGCUUAAUGAUCUGAAAGCUGAGAAUGCAAGGCUGCAUUCAGAAUUGGAGAAGGAAAAACACAACAAAGAAAGACUAGAAGCUGAAGUUGAAUCCCUCCAUUCUAGCCUGGCCACUGCUAUAAAUGAGUACAAUGAAAUUGUGGAAAGAAAAGACCUAGAACUAGUUUUAUGGAGAGCAGAUGAUGUUUCUAGACAUGAAAAAAUGGAUUCUAAUAUUUGUCAACUGACAGAUAAGAAUGAGUUGCUUACUGAACAGGUCCAUAAAGCUCGGGUGAAGUUCAAUACCUUAAAAGGUAAGCUCCGUGAGACAAGAGAUGCUCUCAGGGAAAAGACAUUGGCUUUAGGAAGUGUACAGCUGGACCUAAAGCAAGCACAGCAUCGAAUAAAGGAAAUGAAGCAGAUGCAUCCAAAUGGGGAAGCUAAAGAAAGUCAAUCCAUUGGAAAGCAGAACUCUUUAGAGGAGAGAAUACGUCAACAAGAACUUGAAAAUCUCUUGCUUGAACGACAACUAGAGGAUGCUCGUAAGGAAGGCAAUAAUAAAGAGAUAGUCAUUAAUAUCCACAGAGACUGUCUUGAGAAUGGAAAGGAAGAUCUUCCAGAAGAAAGAAAUAAGGAAUUAAUGAAUGAAUAUAAUUAUUUAAAAGAAAAACUGCUUCAGUAUGAAAAAGAAAAAGCAGAAAGAGAAGUGAUUGUGAGAGAAUUUCAAGAAGAACUGGUCGAUCACCUUAAAAAAUUUUCAAUAUCAGAGUCUCCACUGGAAGGUACAUCACAUUGUCAUAUUAAUUUGGAUGAGACAUGGACUUCAAAGGAGAAAUUAUUUCAAGUAGAAAUUCAACCUGAAGAAAAACAUGAAGAAUUCAGAAAACUUUUUGAAUUAAUAUCAUUACUGAACUAUACUGCAGAUCAAAUAAGAAAGAAAAAUCGUGAAUUAGAAGAAGAGGCAACUGGAUAUAAGAAAUGCCUAGAAAUGACAAUAAAUAUGUUAAAUGCAUUUGCAAAUGAAGACUUCGGUUGCCAUGGAGACUUAAAUACAGACCAACUGAAAAUGGAUAUUCUGUUUAAGAAGCUAAAACAGAAGUUUAAUGAUCUUGUGGCCGAGAAGGAAGCUGUGUCUUCAAAAUGUGUCAAUUUGGCCAAAGACAAUGAAGUUCUUCAUCAGGAGUUAUUAUCUAUGAGAAAAGUACAAGAGAAACGUGAAAAACUUGAGAAGGAUAAAAAGAUGUUGGAAGAAGAAGUAUUAAAUCUUAAGACACAUAUAGAAAAAGAUAUGGUAGAACUUGGUAAACUACAAGAAUAUAAAUCAGAGCUGGAUGAAAAGGCAAUGCAGGAAAUAGAAAAAUUAGAAGAAAUCCAUUUACAGAAACAAGCACAAUAUGAAAAACAAUUAGAGCAGUUAAACAAGUAUAAUACGGCUUCACUAAAAAAGAAGGAACUCACACUUAAAGAUGUGGAAUGUAAAUUCUCCAAAAUGAAAACUGCUUAUGAAGAGGUUACAACUGAAUUAGAAGAAUUUAAGGAAGCCUUUGCAGCAGCACUGAAAGCUAACAAUUCCAUGUCAAAAAAAUUAACGAAAUCGGAUAAGAAAAUAGCAGUGAUCAGCACCAAGCUCUUUACGGAGAAACAGCGGAUGAAAUAUUUUCUCAGCACUCUUCCUACAAGGCCAGACCCAGAGUUACCUUGUGUUGAAAAUCUUAAUAGUAUAGGACUUGACAGAAAAUAUAUUCCCAAAACGGCCAUAAGAAUUCCUACUUCAAACCCACAGCCUUCAAAUAACUGCAAGAACUCCUUGGCUGAGAUGGAGCUGGACCGUGUAGAACAAAUAAUUACAGGAACAAAGAAAAGACCACCCUCGGUGGAGAGGGCAGAAAUAGGGGAGCACCUGUGGGAGGCUCUAAUCCUGGCCCUGGGCCCUGGUGGUGACAGUGAUGAGGACCUGGGUGCACCUCAAUUCCAUUCUGCAUCUCCUCUGGACACCCCCAGGACCACCAGGACAACCCCAUCAUGGCCCUGUCACCAGGCCCAGUCUGGCUCCGUGAUAACCAAGAUGCAGGUCCAGAGACAACCGCCCUACUUGGUGCCUGCAUCUGACCCCCCUGUGGGUAGUGACCAGCCCAACAUGGAAGAAGCCAGGGCAGUAUGCAGCCAGCUGCCCUGCAGCCCCAGAUGGCACCUAGGCCUUGGGAAGUCAUUCUCAAAGGGGAAGCUGGAAACUUUGAUGUCCCUGGAGGGAAGGGUGAACGUGGCAUCUGAACAACCCUGGCAGCCAGCAGCAUCUUCUCAUCCAACCUGCCUCAAUGCAACCACUGUGCUGCAGAUGGAGCCACAUAGAGGAAAUGAGCAGCAGGCUCAGGAGCAGGGUGUACACUGCCUUUGGGGCUCCAGUCCAUGCAUGAGGGCUCCUACAGCACUGUGGGCUUCUUGGGUGCCAAGAGGCAGACCACAGGCCUUCUUGAGAAGGACUCCAUGUUCAAGUGCAGAAAGGGUCCAAUCUGAGUGGGAGAGCAAAAUUGACGGCUUCGAGUGCUUCACCAAGAAGAUGGAAACACAGGGCACUCAGCUCAACUUCUCAGCCAAUGAGUUGACAUGCAAGCAGAUUAUGGUGACGGGUUUUAAGAAGGAGCAUCAGAAGCCCAUCCAGGAACUGGACCCAGUCAUGGACCUGUUAGUGCUGUCUCAGGGACACCAGGUCAACAUCCCGGACAUCAUCCACAUACACAAGGAAGCUCUUACCAAAGUCAUGGAGAGCAGGCAACAUGUGGCAGAAGGGAAGACAGAGGUGCAGAGGCUGAUGAUGUCAGAAUCACAGGAACAGGAUUUCUUUGGACACUGUGGCUGAAAUUCACCACUUCCAUCCAAUUCCAGUGACAAACAUGGACUCACAGAUGCAGGAUUUCUUGCAACAAGAGAUACUAUUUUUUCAAAAGGUCACCCAGGAAUUGAUAGUGUUGAAUGACUAGAUACUUGAUUGUGCACUGUUUCCAGUUCAAGGAUGCUUUCUACAGCAGAAUAAUAACACUAGCAAAGAGCUAGUGCCAGGUAUUGGCGGUAGAACAAGGAUGGCUUUGUUCUCAAUUGAAACUCGGCUGAAUAUAGAAUUGUGUAGGAAACAGUUAAUAUGGUGAUAGAAUAGAAACAGUAGCAAACAUGACCUAAACCAUGCUAUGAAUUCCUACACUACCAUUGUAACUUUUGGAAGAAUGAUACCAUUUACUUUAUUGCUUUUUGAAGUAUGAAUAUUUUUGUGUAUAUGCUGUAGACCUCAAACCCUGUGAAGAGUCUCAAAGAAGCUGGCUGGAUAAAGCCUGCUGUGGAUGUCUUUAUAUUCAAAGAUUGGUGAUGCAAUUUGAAUAUGUGUCCUCACCAAAUCUCAUGUUGAAUUAUAUUUCCUAAUGUUGAAGGUGGAUCCUGGUCUAAGGUGAUUAAAUCCUGAAGGCAAAUUUCUCAUGAAUGGUUUAGCACCAUCCCCUUGCUACUGUCCUUACAAUCAUGAGUGACUUCUCAUGAGACCUCCUGGUCAUUGAAAACUCUAUGUCACCUCCCUACUCUGCAUGUUUUCCUCUUGCCGUGUGAGCAACUCACUCUUUCUUUGCCUUGCACAAAGAUUGAAAGAUUUCUGAGGCCUCCCAGAAGCAGAAGCCCUGUGCUUCCUGUCCACCCUGCAGAACCAUGAGCCAAUUAAACCUCUUUUUCAUAAUGAAUCAUACAGAAAAUGGCAAAUGAGGACUGGAGCAUUGCUAUAAAGAUAUCUGAAAAUGUGGAAGCAGCUUUGGAACUAGGUAAUGGACAGAGGUUGGAAGAGUUUGGAGGGCUCAAAAGAAGACAGAUGAGAAAGUCUGGACCAUCUUAGAGACUGGUUAAAUGGUUGUGACCAAAAUCCUGACAGAAACAUGGACAGUGAAGGCUAGGCUGAGGAGGUCUCAGAUAGAAAUAAGAAGCUUUCUGGAAAAUGUCUUCCUUUUGGAUAUGGAAAGCUUACACAAUGCCUGUACCACCACCGUACCUUAGAAGCAGUGAUCUUGCAUUUUAUUUCAGAGGCUUAUAGGCAAAAGAGGCUGCAGCCUUGACUCAGAUGAGACUUUGGACUUUGUAACUUUGUGUUAAUGCUGAAAUGAGUUAAGACUCAUGCUGGCAAGGCAUGAUUGUAUUUUGCAAUGUGAAAAGGACAAGAGAUUCGUGGGGUCAGGGAUGGAAUAAUAUGGUUUGUCUCUAUAUCCCUAUCAAAACCCAUGUGGAAUUAUACUCCCUAACAUUAGAGGUGGGGCCUAGGUGGAAAAAGAUUUAGUCAUAAAAUGGUGCAGGUAGAUCCUCCAUGAAUGAUAAAGCACCAUCCCCUUGAUGCUGUCCUCCUGAUAGUGAGUGAGUUUUCAUGUGAUCUGGUUGUUUAACAGGCUGUGGAACCUCUUUCCUCACUCUGUCUUCCUCCUACUCUUGCCAUAGGAGACAGCUGAUUGUCCCUUGGCCUUCUGGUAUAAUUAGGAGGCUCCCUGACUCCUCCCAGAAACAAAAGACACUAUGCUUCCUUCAGAGCCUGCAGAACCCUGAGUCAAUGAAACCUCUUUUAUUUAGGAUAAUACAGAAAAUUAGAACUGCAGAGAGGAGCUGUGAAA